AUGGUCGCCGCAGCCCCCUCUCAGUUCCCUGUGCCACAGCUCCUAGCUGGUAUUUUGGGCACUGGUGCAGAAGAUAAAGAGAGUAAGGGCAAAGGAAGCUUAAGGAUUUUGAGGUUUUACAAAGGGGUCAAGCUGGACGCCCCGGCCACAGAAUCACCCCAAGGGGCUUUCCCAAACCCCAGCAUCAUGAGCUAUGGGGACGAGCUCACCCCCGAAGCUCUAAGUGUGCCAAGUGGGUUUGAUGAUCUUAUCACCUCCACCGCUUCCCAGGUGCUGCAGGCUAUUUCUAAUGCUGCGUCCGCGGUUAGUAGCUCAGGCCGGGAUAGCGUGCUCUCCAUGAUCCAUAAGCUACCUGGCCAUAUCUCAAACAUUGGCAACCUGGAUGACACAGCAGGUCCUAUGGCUUCGGAGAUGGUGUCCCAGGAUGAGCGGGUACAGUUCUGGCUAGUAAUAGGGUACACCAUAGUGGUAUUUGCUGCCAUACUGGGCAACUGGGUCUUAAACCAUGUGAUUAUGAAGUACAAGAAGAUGCACACUGCCACCGGCCUCUUUGUCGUCAACAUCUCCGUGACCAACAUGAUGCUGGCUUUUCUCAGCUCUCCCUUCACCAUGGUGCGCUAUCUGUGUAAUUCCUUGGUGUUUGGGAAGAUGACAUGCCACCUCAUUCAUUUUGCUCAGUACUCUUGUGCCUAUGUAACAGUGAUGACCAUGGCUGCUAUUUCCCUGGACCGACAUCGGGUCAUGCUAUAUCCCCUGAAAUCCAGAAUUACUCCAAUGCAAGGCAAUGUUUGCAUCAUUAUCAUCUGGAUUGUGAGCACCUGUGCUGCUUUGCCACAUGCCAUUUACCAAAAGCUUUACCAAGUGGAAAUUGGAAACAUAACUGAAGAAACUGUAUGCCUCCCCAGUUUCUCCUAUACUUCAAAAUCCACAUGGAAAUAUCUUGACCUGAGUACCUUUUUGCUCUUCUUCAUCUUGCCAUUGAUGGUGCUGAUGGUUGUCUAUGGUCAUGUGGCCAAGAAACUGUGGAUCCAUAAUGCUGUUGAUGACAUCAAUAUCCACACCUACAUUUGCCAGCGUGGGAAGAAGAAGCAAAGUCUGAAGAUGCUAAUGAUGGUGGUGCUUGUCUUCACUAUCUGCUGGCUUCCCCUCAAUGUCUAUCUGGUGCUGCUCUCUAGUGAAUCCAUCUCAAGCCACAAUGGUCUCUACUUCUUCCUCCACUGGCUUGCAAUUAGCAGCUCAUGCUACAACCCUUACAUCUAUUGCUGGCUCAGUGAUAGCUUCCAUAUUGAAGUUCAGAAGGUCAUCAUGGAUAUACAGAAGAUGCUACUAGGUGGAAUCAGCCGCCUGAGAGGGGAGCACCGCCAACUGAGCUCCAUCUCACCCACUCAUCGCCCUGCUAGGAUGGAUCCCAAUCCUGGAGUGCCCAAAUUCCCACGAUUCAAAGAUUUUGAUGAGCUACCCAGUCCUCCUCCAUCCCCAGAGAUGGAAACCUCCUUUCUCUACCCCCCAGUGCCUAGAGUUUAA